UCCUUUUCAACCCAGGCCAUUCUGUGCUUCUAUGCUCUUAGCGGUCAUUCCAACAUUAAAGAUUCCAUGUUUCUACGACCGGGCCCCCGCCACCUGCAGGACCACCUCCAUCCCGGGCUUCCAACAGCCGCCCGGCGACGCCUCUCCUCCGACGGCCGUGCAGCCCGAUCGUCGCGAUCGCCGCGGCGCAGGGCGAGAAGCGCAGAGAACCGACAGCCCUCCGGCCGAGACGGCAGUGAGCACAGCCAGACGGCAGUGAGCACGUCCUCCCGCCGCUGGGGGCGUACUACGGCUCCCGAAGGGCUGCGGGCGCAGAGGGCGGGCGGCCUCGCUUCCCGCUCCGGCGCUGCCCCGACGGCGCCGCGGGAACCGAUGGAGGGCGCCGAGGCGCGGGUGUCGUGCCCCGUGUGCCUGCGGGAGCUGCCGGGCGCGCUCAUCAACGCGCACCUGGACCGCUGCUUGCAGGCCGCGGAGGGCGAGGCGCAGCGGGGCUGCUCACCCCCUUCCAAGAGGCCGCGCCUCGCUUCCGCCCAGUCGGGCGGCGAAGCGGAGGAGCGGCCCGAGGAGGCCCGCCCGGCGGCCGCCCCCGUUUUCUCCCUGUUUCACAAGGGCCGGAGCAGCGGGCCCGGGCGGGGAGAUGCCGCCGAGCUGCCGGAGGAGGACGGCGGGCCCGCGCUGCGCGGGGCGAGCGUGGCGCGGCGGCUGGAGGGGCAGCCCCUGGCCGACAGGCUGCGGCCGGACACGCUGCGGGACUACGUGGGGCAGGAGCGAGUGCUGGGCGCCAACACCCUGCUGCGGUCCCUGCUGGAGUCCCACGAGAUCCCCUCCAUCAUCCUCUGGGGACCGCCGGGCUGCGGCAAGACUACCCUCGCACAUAUAAUUGCCAACAGCAGCAAAAAGAAAGGCAUGAGGUUUGUGACACUGUCAGCCACAAGUGCCAAGACAAAUGAUGUUCGAGAUGUCAUCAGCCAAGCCCAGAAUGAAAAAAGACUCUUCAAGAGAAAAACCAUUCUCUUUAUCGACGAGAUCCAUCGGUUCAAUAAAUCUCAGCAGGACACUUUCCUUCCUCACGUCGAAUGCGGGACAGUGACUCUGAUAGGAGCAACAACAGAAAACCCGUCCUUCCAGGUCAACGCCGCUCUUCUGAGCCGGUGCCGGGUGAUUGUUCUGGAGAAACUCUCAGUUGAGGCGAUGGAGGCAAUUUUGCUGCGGGCUGUCAAGUCCUUAGGGGUCCAAGUUUUGGGCCAAGGCAACCAGCACAGCAGCUCUGCGACUGGCAGCAGCAACGAGAGCUCAGAAUUACCUGUGUAUAUAGAGGAAAAAGCUCUAAGUACUCUUGCCUACCUUUGUGAUGGUGAUGCGAGGACUGGAUUGAAUGGACUUCAGUUAGCAGUACAGGCCCGACUGGCAGCAGGGAAGACCACUGUGCUGAGCUUUACCAAAGGUUGUUCUGUGGAUGGAGUUCUGAUAACGGAAGAACAUGUGAAGGAAGGUCUGCAGCGAUCGCACAUCCUCUAUGACCGAGCAGGAGAAGAACAUUACAAUUGCAUCUCUGCCCUGCAUAAGUCUAUAAGAGGCUCAGAUGAAAAUGCCUCCCUCUACUGGCUUGCUCGAAUGCUUGAAGGUGGCGAAGAUCCACUCUACGUGGCAAGGAGGCUGGUGAGAUUUGCAAGCGAAGAUAUAGGGCUGGCAGAUCCUUUGGCUUUAACACAAGCAGUUGCUGCUUAUCAAGGUUGUCACUUCAUUGGAAUGCCAGAAUGCGAGGUCAUUCUAGCACAGUGUGUAGUGUAUUUUGCAAGAGCACCAAAAUCUAUAGAGGUGUACAGGGCAUAUAGCAAUGUCAAAGAAUGCUUGAGGAUGCACACAGGACCUUUACCACCAGUUCCAUUGCACCUGAGAAAUGCCCCGACAAGGCUUAUGAAGGACUUGGGCUAUGGUAAAGGCUAUAAGUAUAACCCCAUGUACAAGGAACCUGUGGAGCAGGACUAUCUGCCAGAAGAGCUGAAAGGAACGGACUUCUUCAAGGAACGAAAAACGUGACAGCCCUGCUUUGUAUACUUCUUGGUUUUAUGAUGCAUACGUUUGUAUUGGGAUGAAGAUUUCUCUGCUGAUUGCAGCCCAAUAUUUCUGGAACUGAGAAUACGAAGUCACUCGGCCCUUGAGAUAUUCUUGGUUUUUCUGCUGUCAUUGCAAAGGAGUUUUGUAAACUACUGCAGUCAGGCAGUAUGGAAAUACAAAAGUAACCUUAAUGUACUUCUGUCACCCACUGGUUCAAGAGAAUUGGAGAAAAAAGUAUCUUCCACUUUUGGCUCUUGUAGAGAAAUAAGGAAUAUGAUCAUGCUGCUUGUCAAAAUCUGUAUCCAAUUCAAACUUUUGGAAUGUUGAUUUUCCAGAAAAAUAAAGAGACUGUGUUCUGCUCUCCCGCACUAAGGUGCAGGAAACAAAAUAUAAUUACAAUGUAGUUCUUCUUUUUAUGAUGUUUCAAAUUUUCUCCAACAACAUUUAUUCAACUAAUAAACUUGUA